CGCGACUGCAAACGAGCGUCACAGAGUGGAAAGAUUUCCUUCGAAAUUGUGAUUCCACUAAGAACUCAAGAGGGAAAUGAAAACAGUCGCGAAUGACCGCAUAACUGGACAGUAAUUCUUGUGAAAAUGAAAGUUAAACGCCCGACUGCGAUGCUUCUUAUUUCGGUUUUGGCCAUUCUACAGAGCCACAGAUGCAGCGGUCGAACGCCAACGUCGGAGCAGCUCGGACAGCAGCCGCUUAUACAAUUGAGUCACGAUGAAUCAGACGAUGAUUAUCUGGAAACCAAAGACGAGAUCCAUUUGGAAGACUUCUUUUGGACCGGCUCAGGCGAUGGCCCGCCCGACUAUCUGAAGAAGGUCCACACGGGCAUCAGCAAGGGCAAGGAUGUGAUUGUCAAGACAGAGACUGUGGUGGCCACUGUCUAUGUGGAUGGCAAUAAUGAAAUCGAUAUUCCCAUUUGCCUGGACUGCAGGCCUGACGAUGGGGGCGGCACUUGGGAGAUGGGCGCUCCUGGCAUGCCCCCUUUGAACUACUCGGCAACAGAUCGUCGCUACUGGUUACUGACGGUCACGUCGGGCUUCUACACGUCCAAAGAUAACCCCAUUCUGGAGGAGAAGCUGGCGCGUCUAUAUCGUCUCGCAUUCACCAGGCAACAAACAAGACAUCUGGGAAUAAACGGGGCCCAGCAAAUCGAAGGCGUGCUAGUACCAGCUCCCCGAGAGCGUCGCAAGUCAUCUCCCCUGGCAACAUCGACAACAAAACCCCAACCCACGACCUUUUCGCCCGCCGACGAUGUGGAAAUAUUGGAUAUGGGAGUUGACAAUGAGCCCUACAUUAAGACUGUAAGGGCGCUGGGCGAAAGGAGUGAAUGGUCAAGUGAUUCGGAAGAGGAGUCGGUCGAGAUGGCCUCGGCCACGCCCACAGCGACUACCGAGUCCAUAGAUUACAGCGCCUACGUUACCCUGAUUCCCUGGGAGCUCAUACAGCAGAACGGCAAGUCGGAGAAGUUUCAGGAAACGGACAUGGAACAACAGCAGAACCCGAACCCACAACAACCCGUACCCCUCUAUAGGGACAGGGGCAGGGACGGGCGUGUCAGCGUGGUCAUACACAACCUCACGCAAAUUAGCGAGGCGGAUGUGCAGAACUGGAGCACCAACGCCAAUGCGGAUGCCAUGGAAAACAUAAACUUUGUCAACCUCAAGUUCAGUGAUCGGCCCAUUGCUAAUCAGACAGAGCUCAUCUAUACGGUUUUGGUGAACGGGCGGCCUGUGCUGGCGACCACAGCCGCCAAGGACAUGGAACUGGUUAGCGAGGCCGAGGCGGUCAGCACUUUCGGGCAGGCCGUAUACAUGAAAUCAGAGCCCUACAUCAGGGAGCCCACGGCCACAGCUCUGGCCCCUGUUCCGCGCAGUGGCCAGGCGGGCUUCUUCAAUUCGGUCAAGAACAAUGUGGCCUUGGUUGUGAUCAGUUCCCUGGCCAUCCUGCUGCUGAUGCUCCUGCUGUUGGCUGUCCUGCUGCUGGGGCGGACACGUGCCCGACAGAGAGAACUGAGUGCAGUCAACAGAAACUUUUCUCGCAACGAAUUGCUUUCGGAAGGCCAAUCCAUGCGGCCUUCUACAACCGAGGCCAUUGAUGGCGACCGAGACGUCGGAGUGCAGAACUUUUCCUACGAGAGAGAGCCACGCAUUAGCUUCCCAGCACCACCGGCGGACAGGACUCAGUCGCGUUCCCGACAGGACUCCAUCUCUUCGACGGACAACACCUCCGACUCGUCGGUGUACUGCCCCAUCAACCCCCCGAGUGCCGAUGUGCAACGCAUCCUGGAUGAGAAGGCGGCUCGGCUCUUCGACGGCCACAAGAGGCGGCACCAGUAUGACCGCGCCGAGGGGCACGAAGAUGCUGUCUACACAUCCGUGGUCUCGGAGAAGAAGAGCGACAAGUCCAGGCACAAGUCGAGGCGGCGAUACCUGAAUGAGAACCGCGUUGGCUCACUGGAAACCAGUCCUGUCCAGGGCUCCCUGGCCGGGCACUCUUCGGCGGAAGAGGGCAGCCAACGCUCCCCGGAUGCUCUCCGGCGCAGCUACGAGAACUUCCAGCGGAACGAGGCGUACAAUCUGCACAACAACUAUCACCGCAACAAACUGCUCAAACAGCAAUCGGGGGGAGCCAACAAAUUAGCUGGAGGCGGUGCUUCCCCUGAAGCCAUUAACAACGAGAUUAUUCGCACCCUGCAGCCCUCCGACAAGUCCUCCGACACUGCCAGCGUGGGAUCGUUCCUCUCGAUGGCUUCCGUGCGCGCCUUCCCGAAGAGCACUUUGCCGGAACCCCUCAACCGCGUCCUGGAUCCCGUUUUCGUCACUUACUACGACAAUGUGAAUGCAGUUUCCUCGAAGACGGGGGCCCCGCACAGCUCCACGAGGUCCCUGAAGUCACACAAGUCUGUGGGCAGUAAGGACAGCACCAUAGCCGCCAUAGCCAGCUUUCCCAGCCCCAAGGCCCCGCCGCACUCUGUUCGCAAUGUGCGCUCGGCUGCGGCUGCGCACAGCGAUAAUCCAGAUCCAGGUGUGGUCGGUCCCGUGGUCUGGGAGCGACACAAGAAACGCUUGGCUGCCGCCGAAAGUCAGGAGGCUCUGGCCUAUGCAGACUAUAACGCAAGUCCUUUUCACAAUCCCUCGGCUAUACGCAACCAUUACGAGGGCCUACUCGAGGGCGCCCUGCAAAUGUAUGCCAGCCAGGACGACAUUCCCAUGCCCUUGCCCACACACAAUUUCACAAACAGUAGACGCGCCACCAGCCGCGAGCAUCGAGGGUCAUCCGCCGGAUUGCCGAGCUUUUAUCCAACAGCCAGCACCAGAGCUGCUGUCGAUCGUCCAGCAACGGCCCAGCCGGAGAAGACCGCAAAGCUGGCAUCCACGCAACCGCCCUCUCCCACCCACAGUGCGUGGGGCGGGGGCAGCAUCUACAGCUCCCACUCCACGCUGAACCGUCCCUUGAGUGCAGGUCACUAUCACAGGGCAGAGGACCCGGUGGAGCUGCCCAAGGAGGCAGCCGCCACCAGGGCAGCCUCUGCAGCGCCUCUAAUCGAGGCCAUACAAAGCGAAUUGCGAAGGUUUAAGCAGGAGUACAACUAGAAGGCGAACCAUCCAUACCAUACAAUACACAUCUUCAAUGCAUCACAAAGUAUCUAUAACAUAAUGAACAUUUUAAAACUAACUUGGAAUAAA